AUGGAACUAGGAGGAUCCAAACCAGCUGGUACUCCACUAGAAUCCAAUAUGAAACUCACAUCUGAAGUGUAUGAUUCUUUCAUCAAAGGAGACUCAGAUCCUGAAGCAACAAAAGAUGACAACUUAUUGGCAGAUCCAUGUCAAUAUCAGAGGCUCAUAGGAAGGUUAUUGUAUCUUACUAUGACUAGAAUUGAUAUUGCUUAUGCUGUGCAAGUGCUCAGUCAAAUUAUGCACAAGCCAAAGCAGUCACACCUUAAAGCUGCUCAUAGAGUUGUAAGAUACCUCAAGGCAGCUCCUGGUCUAGGUCUACUAAUGCCCUCAAACAUUUCUAGCACACUUGUAGCCUAUUGUGACUCAGAUUGGGGAGGUUGUUUACAAACUAGAAGAUAUGUUACAGGGUAUCUAGUAAAGUUUGGGGAAGCUACCAUAUCCUGGAAGUCGAAGAAACAGGACACAGUAGCUAGAAACUCAGCAGAGGCAGAAUUCAGAAGCAUGGCCUCCACAGUUGCUGAAUUGACUUGGUUAACAGGAUUGUACAAAGAGCUGGGAGUUGAUGUUAACUGGCCUAUCUUUCUAUAUUGUGACAGUAAAGCUGCGAUUCAGAUUGCAGCCAAUCCCAUUUUUCAUGAGAGAACGAAGCAUAUUGACAUUGACUGUCAUUUUGUUAGGGAGAAGAUUAUUCAAGGGAUGAUAAAGACUUUUCAUAUCUACCAAGGAACAACUAGCAGACUUACUAACUAA